UCCUGCCAUGUUUUUACCCGCAAGAACAGCAAGGUCAUGUAACUUUUCAACCGGCACGAGGUGGAUUUCUCAGCAAUUGAGGCUGGUCAAUCGAGGAUUCGGUGGUCUAGUCUUUGAUCAUUUCAACCAUUGAGCCCAAAUCUAUGUAAAGGAUAAAUAAAAGUUGGAUCAAUUCCUUCUGGCAGCUGGGAGUUCUUCAAGUUUAUGAAUCCCAAAUGGCAGCGAGAUCUUGGAACGUGCCCUCGGCUGAAUGCAAGCGCAUACUACUGAAAGUACAAGGAUUUUCUGAGGAAGAGCUGAACACGGCGAUCCCAGCUUCAACGAGUACACGGCAAACUCGAUAUCUCCGACCUCUAAAGCGCAAUCUGCUUGAGAUGUGUAUGAGGAUAUUUUAGGAAUUAUAAUUCUCAAUUCCCUCUGCGAUAUCCAUGGUUGGUUGGAUUAGCAAUUUAUAAUUUUAGCCCACCAACCAAGGUUUUCGAUUUACCCAUUUUACCCCUUCACAAAUAUAAUAGGAAAAGGUUUUUUCUUCCUCUUUCAAAACCCUUGUUCCUCUUCAAAAUACAAAAGGGCGAAAAGAGGCCAUCCCGUCCAUUGAGAGAGGGAGAGAUGAGGUUGCUAACUCACAACAUGCUGUCGUCGAACAUCAAGGGCGUGGCCAACGGCUUCCCAUUCCGCAUCGACGUGGAGAAGGUGGUGGAGAAGAAAGUGGACUUCAACGCCGGCUUCCUCCGGAACAUUUUCCCCAAGGUCGAGUGGAAGGCCUUCGUCGACGCGGCCAGGACCAUGGGCUACCCCGAGCUUCCCGAGGAGGCGGACUCUUCCUUGCUAGACUCUGACGAAUUCUUGACAAAGUUCCACCAUGGCCUUCUGGAGCUCCACCUCGAGGAGGGCGCGCUCAUUUGUCCCGAGACAGGUCGCCGUUUUCCGGUCAAUAAGGGUAUUCCCAAUAUGCUCCUUCAUGAGGACGAGGUCUGAAAUCCGAGAUAUCGGUGCUUAUGAUUUGAGAUAUAGGUGCAACUGAGUGUUUUUUGGCCAAUAGGGUCGAGGGGGUGUCGGGAAUUUCAAAAGUGUAUGUGGUUUCGGAACAUUUUAAUUCCCGAGCCUUUGUUUGGGUUGGCGAUCAAUGUAUGUGAAAUUAGGGUUUUUGUUUAUUCUGA